AUGUCGGCGCCGCCCCGCCCUUGCACGCCUCGUCGGCUGACUGAGGUCGCUGUGGUGGUGGCGGAGGCGGACGCCCUGAUCUCCCUGCCAACGGGGGUCCUCGACGACAUCCUCACCCGCGUCGGCCUCCGCGACGCCGUGCGCACGUCGGCGCUCUCCCGCGCCUGGCGACGCCGAUGGGAGGCCCUCCCGUCCCUCGACCUCGACUUCCCCCGCCCCAAGGGCCACAGGGGCGCGUCCAAGGGGCUGAGGGCCGUCGACAGCGUCCUCCUCCGCUGCCCCGGCCGGGUCCGCCGCUUCUACGCCUACCUCGACCAGCUCCACGCGGGCCGCAUCGACGACUGGCUCAUCGUCCUCUCCCGCCGGGCCGUCGAGGUCUUCAACCUCAUCUCCGUCGACGGCCUCAUCGCCCUCCCCUCCGCCGUCUUCUCCUGCGGCCGGCUCACCGUCCUCCGCCUCUACGGCUGCGCGCUCCCGCUCCUGCCCGCGGGCUUCGAGGGUUUCCCGGAGCUGAGGAACCUCGCUCUCAUCAACGUCCGGUUUCAGGAGAACGGCGCGUACCACCAGCUGGAGGAGAUCAUCGCGACCUCGCCGUCGGUCGAGAAGCUGCUGCUUUGGGACGUGGAAAUAGCGGGUGACUUCACCGAGUGGGUGAUUCAGGCGCCCAAUCUCCGGGACCUGAACAUUCGAUCAGCUGGGGAUCUAGGCUGGAACAUUGGGGAGCUCCCGUCGCUGCACUCUGCCGAUAUUGAUAUCCGGGAUUAUUUACCGGACCGAGACUUCGCCAAAUUCCUCGCCGGAUUUGCGAGUGUUACCAAGCUCGUGCUAUGCACUCGUCAUUCGCCGUUAAAUGGGGCUAAUAUACUAGAGGCACUUCCAUGCACUUUUGGCAACUUAAAGAGCUUAAAACUGUAUACACAAUUCUCGGAACUUUCCUCCAUUAUGUCAACCUUCUGCUUAUUGAGGAAUGCUCCAAACCUUGAAAGACUCAAAAUAAUGAUCGAUGAUGGUGUGGGGCAAAAAUAUGAGGCAAAUGGAGAGUUUCAAAAUGCACAAUGGACUGAUGGCAUGUGUGCGAAACUUCAGUUUGUGCAGAUAACUGGUAUUCAUUGGUUUUCAAAUGAAUUGUGUUUUAUAGAGCUUAUUCUUUCUAAGACAAGGCUUCUUCGCACAUUAUCUGUAAGUCAUGGUGAGAAAUGCUCAAUGUCUAAUGAGGGUGUAGUGAACAAGCUACUAAACUACCCAAGAGCUUCAAGUCAUGCAAAGGUUCUAUAUGAAGUUAUUUUUGAGAGUUUCUAG